AUGAAGCUUCUCCUACCUGUCGUCCUCCUUCAACUAUGGCUUGUCAAUGCAAUGAGCUUGGUUGCACGCAACAACCGAUCCUCUAGCUUUGUCACGGUCAAAGACGGUCGGUUCAGUUUGGACAACCAGCUGUUCCGCUUCUAUGGAACGAACGCGUAUUGGAUUCAAAUGACGACGGACGACGACAUGGAGAACACCUUCCACGCCAUUGCUACCGCGGGCUACAACGUUGUUCGCACUUGGGCUUUCAACGAUGUCCCUAGCAAGCCUGCGUCGGGUCCUUACUUCCAGGUUCUCAAUAGCAACGGCGGCACCAUCAACGAGGGCAACGACGGCCUCAAGCGCCUGGACAAGGCGGUGUCGUUGGCUCAGAAAUACGGAAUCAAGCUGCUCCUCAGUCUCACCAACAACUGGAAUCCUGAACGCCCUGUCCCAAACACCGCCUGGAACCGCCGCGCCAACACGAGGGAACUUCCAAGAGGAUACCUUUCGAACGACUAUGGGGGAAUGGAUGCUUAUGUCCGUGCCUUCCGUCCAAACGGGACUCACGACUCGUUCUACACCGAUGGCACCAUCAUUGAAGCUUUUAAGAAUUACGUGUCUCAUGUUGUAAAGCGUUACGCUAACAGCCCCGCCGUGCUCGCCUGGGAGCUGGGUAACGACUUGAGGUGCUCGUCAACUCUCCCAGCGUCUAACAACUGUAACACUGGAACUAUUACCAACUGGACGGCGGACAUCUCCAGCUUUAUCAAGUCUAUUGACUCCAAUCACCUUAUCACUGCAGGUGACGGUGGCUUUUACUGUUUGAAAUGCCCCAAGAGAUUCGCAAAGGACUUCACCAAACCCACCUCAUCUCUUCCCGGCAGCGCUUUCGACGGGUCCUACGGCGUUGAUACAGAGGACAUUCUUGCCAUCCCUUCCAUUGACUUCGGAUCUUUCCAACUCUUCCCCGAUCAGGUGAACUACUUCCCUACCGUCGAUGACUCGUUCGCUACAAAGGCUAUCGGCGAUGGUGGCAAAUGGAUUUCGGCCCAUUCCAACACUGCAUCCAGGCUUGGCAAGCCGGAAGCGCUCACUGCAGCUUCCAUUCUUGGCAAGGAGAACUACUCCUCUUUCGCCCCAUUCAACUCGACCUCCCAGAUCCCUGACGGUACACCCUGCGCGGGUGUUGAACCAUUCCAGGUCGACUAUGCAUUCACCUCAUGGGCAGGAGUCGCCCUUCACGGCAACAUCGGCGGAGUCCUCGAAUAUCAGUGGCAACAAGACGGUCUGACCAGUCACGGAACGAUCCACGAGAACUGGGAGAAGAGAGCCCUCACCGAGUCUCCCCAGGAUGGCUCUGCUCGCUACAAAGGCCCUGCUAGUGGCCAGAAUGCCGAGCAAUUCGCUGCGGACUUGCCGCCCAUCGAGGACGAGUAA